AUGGAGCUUAAAGCCGGCCUCAAGGAGCUCAAGAACGCCGAGGCUUGCGUUCACCCGACAGUUUCGAUCACGCAGGUCGUCAAGGCACCGGACGGAGAAGACCCAUAUGGCCGGUCGUUGCACGGUCCAGGACCGGUCAUCGAAGCAACAGCGGACGGCAAGACCGAACAGUUCGAGAUCGAGAAGAUUCUGGCGAGGCGUAGCGUCCGAAAGGGAGUGAUGCCACAAAUCGAAUACCUGAUCAAGUGGAAAGGACGAGGCAGUCACGACAAUCAAUGGUGCCGUCGGGCAGUGCUAAUGCAGAACGGAUCGGACAUGAUCAACGAGUACGAAGCCAAGUUCCCGAUCACCGAAAAAGAACGAAAGCCACGAAGGCCGCCCCUCGUCGAGGGCGGUACCAGUGCAGCUGGUCAAGGAUCGGCGGCAUGACCG